UACACAGUGCAUUUCAACAGUUAACUGUUAAAAUUGGUAACGUUACACUUCAUAUUCACACUUUAGCACUCAGUUUCCAGUUUAUUAGAUACAUCUAGCUAACACUAAUGCAGUGUUAUACAACAUGCCUGCAAUAAAUCCUACCUUCAUGAAGUAUGUUGGUGCCCUGGAGGAGAUGCUGGUGGCUCUGAGGAAAAGCCUGAGCAAACCCACAGCGGAAAUGCUGACUGAAUACACAAGAAAAGUAGAUUUUCUGAAAGGACUUCUUGAGGCAGAGAAACUGUCUUCACCAACAGAAAAAGCUUUAGCUAAUCAGUUCCUCGCCCCCAGACGAACACCCACAAUAGCCAAUGAGAGGAUGCCUGUCUCUAAAACUGUCCACAUGCAGACGAAGGCCCGGUGUACAGGAGAGAUGAGGGACAAGCUGCUUGGCACGGGGGUAUCAGGCAAAGGCAUGUCAGACACCGACUUGCGAAACAGAAGAGGUCUUCCUCUGGAUGAGCGUCAGUCUGCUGCAGAGCUGGAGGCCAUCCUGCAGCACCACCACAACCUGCAGGAGAAACUUGCUGAGGACAUGCUUCACCUGGCCCGCAACUUGAAGAACAACACUCUGGCAGCACAGAACAUCAUCAAACAGGACAACCAGGUAACUGCACAGACACUAUCGCAGUAUUCAUCACACUGUAUUGACAACAUUAGGGGGUCCCCGGACCCCAGGUUCGGAACCACUGCUAUAGUGUAUCUGUGCUUGAACAUCAUGACUGACUUUGAGGGACAGAAGGAGGAGCAGCGGCGGGAGGUGGCAAUCACUUUCCAGAACAAGAAGUUCCCAACCCACACCUGCAGGAGGAGCAGCUGCCCUACCCGACCCUGGCCCCUGUAG